UUAUGCACAACUGUCAUUUUUAGUGUGAAAUUUAACCGGGCGUCAGUGAUGGCUGUCUCCUAUUAAUAAACAAUUUUCCUUAAAAUUUCCAUUAAUUUAACGUGAAAAUGCCCCGCGUUAAAGCCUCCCCGAAAAAAUGCAUCAAGUCCAACCUGCAACAGCCGACAAAUUCGUGGGUUUUCCUCCUCAAAGGUGAAGCGCUGGAACUCAGCGAGCAGUACACGGGCACCGGCACCCCCGACAUUGUCACCCUGAGACACCCCAACACGGGCGAGUCUGCCGUGUUCCUAUUCUCACCCGCCAACAAUUCAGUACAGGAAAUUUUGACGUACAAUGAGGCGAAAAGGUCGUGGUUUAUUGAUGAGACGGUUAAAAGCGAUGGGAAAAUGCAUCUAUCGACCCCCAUAGACCCCAUUUUCUUAGUGUUACCAUACUUGAGGAAAUAUUGCAGCAGCCAAGCGAUACCUUUAGACCAACUUUUGCGAGACGAAGAGUUCCCAGAGACUGAACGAUUGCUAAAAUCCAGCGGUCUCAAGUAUUUAAAUAUGAUAGCCGAUAGAAAAGGUGACGAAGAGCUUAACGCUUUCAAAUACAACGAAGAAAAAACCCUCUCGUGGCUGAAGAAGAAGACCGAACGCGUGGCUGAAAUCCUCAAACAGAAGAAUAUUCACGUGGGUUCAGGCGCCGUCUCUGCCACGUUUGUAAAGUCCUCAAAAUCCGAGUCUUCCGAUUCGGACUCGCAUUUGCGAUACGCCCACGGGAUCGUGUCCGAGUAUUUAAUGGACGACCUUAGUCAAAAACUCCUCAAAUACCUGAAUUUGCCUGACGACCCCCAGUUCAAUUUGAAACGAAAAAGCACAAACCCGCUGUCGCCCAACGAAGCGAAAAAAACGAAAAUCGAGGAGGAGAACAAGAGUAGCACUUCCAACGUCCUCGACUUGAGCAAACCUGAGCCAAAGUCGGCGAAGUCUGCGGCAGCCAGCGCCAAGGACAAGGCCCGAGCCAAGGCAGCGAGCGGCAGUAAGACUAUAAGUUCCUUCUUUAAGAAGACUUAGAGGUGAGACGCUUAGGUCAAUAGUAUAAGUUUGCUUGUUUGAUCGCGGACAAGGUUGUUACAUUUAGGAUUAAAUUAGGUACUAAUUGCUCAUCUCCAUUUCGAUACUUGUGUACAGUUGAAUCAAAACUUGUCCGGACGUAAAGUGAAACGAAUGGCCUUUUUCAAAUGGAAUUUCUCUCGUUUCAAACGAGCCUAAAUUGCAGGAUUUGGUCCGCCCCAGUGUCUCUUUUGGUUUGGGCUAGUUUGUUGUUAGUUCUUCCGUUGCGUGUCAGUAUUAAUUUAUUUGUGAUAGUUUCAGUUUCUUGUACAUAUUAUUGCAUUGGGUGCAAUACUUUCUGUUUAGAUAUUUUCACAUUGAAAAAUUUCGUUUCUCUUCCGAUUUGCUGUGCAAAUUAUCGUCACGUUUUUACGCAAAAGAAAAACUCCAAAAAUUUGUUCCUAAGGUCACGAAACAAUGACUGAUUCUCUUAUAGCGAAUAGUAAGUGUUAGAGUUCAAUGUACGGUGAAGCAAUUUCUGAUUAGUUCUUAGAUGGCAAUACAAAAACCAUGAUCAAUAAUAGGUAGAUACGUGUAAUAAACAUUUUAUUUUUUUAAGUAUUUUCACUCGUAUGUAUGUCAAGUUUCUAGAUUAGA